AUGAGCUGCUUGGUUGUGCUCUCGAACGCCGACCUCGUCGAGCGCGUCCUCGCGUACCAGCCCGGCGUCCCGCUCGCCGCCCGCGCCUUCAUUGCCGCGUGGAAGCAACUCGGCUUGCCGCACACGGUGUCCGACUACGCGAGCAAGGUCGGCGACGUGGCGAUGCUGCGCCGCCUCGCGUCGUGCGGCCACGGUGCGCUGACGCCCAAGGCCAUGGACUGGGCGGCGAUGCACGGUCACAUCGAUGCCGUCCGCUACCUCCACGAGACCCGCCACGCCGCGUGCACAGUCGACGCGCUCGACCAAGCGGCCAAGAACGGCCACCUCGGCGUCGUCAAGUACCUCUGCAAGGAACGCAGCGAAGGCUGCACCUCGAACGGGUAUCUCUGGGCUGCAUCGCACGGCCACGUUGACAUCAUCGUCGUUCUCAGUGCGCACCAUCCGCACCAGCAAUGGAACGGCGCGCUUGCAAUCGAGCGGGCGACCGCCGCGGGCCAUGUCGCCAUGGUGCAGUGGCUCUUACCGCGACAGUCGCCGCUCACGCUCCAGUCCGUGCUCAAGAUCGCCGUGUACCACGGACACGUGGCCAUUCUGCAGCUCCUUCUGCGCUCAGGACCAUGA